ACAUGUACUCUGCAAAUGCGCCCUUCCCCCCCAGCCAAGGAGACCCCGACUCCUGAAGCAAGGAGCCCUCCUGAUGGCACCAGCACCGCCCCCCACCCCUUGCUGGGGAAUGGAGGGGAAGGGAGAAGGGUUCUCUGUAUUUUGAGGGCGCCCUUUUGGAAGAAUCCAGAGGCGGCGCGAGGUCGAACGGAAUCCCGGUGUGCGAGAAAACACUCCCGGAGGCCACUGCCUGGGCGCCGGGGGCAGCGGAGCUGGCACCAGCGACCGGGGCGGGGCGGGGGCAAGGAGCUGCGGGCCCCUCCCGCCCCUCCACCGCGCAAGCGCAGGCGCGCGAGGUGCGGAGGCGGCCGGGAGGGCGGUGGAGCCGGCGGGCGCGGGAAGAUGGCGGCGGCGGCGGCGGCCGCGGAGCAGCAAAGUUCCAAUGGUCCUGUGAAGAAGUCCAUGCGUGAAAAGGCUGUUGAGAGAAGGAAUGUCAAUAAAGAACACAACAGUAACUUUAAAGCUGGCUAUAUUCCAAUCGAUGAAGAUCGCCUCCAUAAAACGGGACUGAGAGGGAGAAAGGGCAAUUUAGCCAUCUGUGUGAUUAUCCUCCUGUUUAUCCUGGCUGUCAUCAAUUUAAUUAUAACACUUGUUAUCUGGGCUGUGAUUCGCAUUGGACCCAAUGGCUGUGACAGCAUGGAGUUUCAUGACAGUGGUCUGCUUCGAUUUAAACAAGUAUCUGACAUGGGAGUUAUACAUCCUCUUUAUAAGAGCACAGUAGGAGGAAGGCGAAAUGAAAAUUUAGUCAUCACUGGCAACAAUCAGCCUAUUGUUUUUCAGCAAGGGACAACAAAGCUCAGUGUGGAAAAGAACAAAACUUCUAUUACAAGUGACAUUGGCAUGCAGUUUUUCGACCCAAGGACUCAAAAUAUCUUAUUCAGCACAGACUAUGAAACUCAUGAGUUUCAUUUGCCAAGUGGAGUGAAAAGUCUGAAUGUUCAGAAAGCAUCUACUGAAAGGAUUACUAGCAAUGCUACUAGUGACUUAAAUAUAAAAGUUGAUGGGCGUGCUAUUGUCCGUGGAAAUGAAGGCGUAUUCAUUAUGGGCAAAACCAUUGAAUUCCACAUGGGUGGUAAUAUGGAGUUAAAAGCUGAAAACAGCAUCAUCCUGAAUGGAACUGUGAUGGUAAGCACGACUCGCCUCCCAAGUUCUUCUAGCGGAGACCAGUUUGGUGGUGAUGACUGGGUGCGUUACAAACUCUGUAUGUGCGCUGACGGAACGCUCUUCAGAGUGCAGGUGACGGGUCAGAACAUGGGCUGCCAGACCUCAGACAACCCCUGUGGAGACCUGUACUAGAAGAACCCAAGAGCACAUCAAUAGAUUCAUAUUGUGACUUGACUUUUUAUUUUUUUAAGACUAGGCAUGCAUAUCAUGUUUUUACAGAGUUUGUGAUAACUCAUAAUUAUUUUAUCUGCAGUGCACUGCUGCAUCUAUUAUGUAGUCUCCAUGUUUAAAAUAGUCUCAGAGAGCCUAAAUUCUAAUACAUUUCAUUGAGUUGCACUGAUCUUCAAUUUACAGUUCUCUAAAAUUAUUGAGAGAAGUGAAUAUAAUCAAAAUUAAUCUUUAAAGAAGUAUUCUUAAAAUGCCACUGUUCCUGUCUAAAGGAUAAAGGGAUGAAGCAACUGUUUAGACUCACUAUAAGUAACUUUUGGUAACUAAUGGGGACAGAC